CCCCCCUCCCUCACACACACAGCAGUUCUGCGACCUUCCUGAACAGCUCAACAUGGACGCCGGGAUUCCUCUUACAUUCACCAAGGACAACCGAGUCCACAUUGGGCCUAAGAUGGAGAUGCGGGUUGUGACUUUGGGUCUGGACGAGUCUGGAAAAACUGCCAUCCUCUUCAAACUCAAACAGGACGAGUUUAUGCAGACAAUUCCUACAAUCGGCUUCAAUGUGGAAACAGUGGAGUACAAGAACCUGAAGUUCACCAUCUGGGACGUUGGAGGGAAACCUAAACUCCGACCACUGUGGAAACAUUACUACCUCAACACACAGGCUGUGAUAUUUGUGGUAGACAGCGUGGACUGUGCGCGGAUAGACGAGGCGUACGAUGAGCUUUCCAAGCUCCUGGCUGAGAAGGAACUCAGAGAAGCCGUUCUUCUGGUCUUUGCCAACAAACAGGACCUGCCGAAUGCCCUGCCUAUAGAAGAGAUAACAGACAAACUGAGCCUACACAAACUGUGCUGGGGGCUAGACAUCUCUUAG